CGAGCUCAAUGUGCACCCGGAGUCUACAGUUUCCCAUCCGGUAUCCAAUAUAUUUGAUAUCGAAACAAUAUCAUAUUUACUACCACAGCUGGGGGAAGUCUCAGUGCCGAUCGGUGUUUCAUGCGCUCUGGAUAUAAUUAAUUUCUGUAGCAAGGAGCUUUCAUUGUUGUGGAGGAAUACAUUCGAUCUGUCAAGGCUAGGGAGGUGACACAAAUCAGAGCACGAUACGGAUAGGACUACAAUGGAUCCGAAAUGGGAGGACGAGCUGGAGUCGCAUCGGUUCGAGAUGACCCGAGUUCUCCGACCGGAUCGGUACUUCGAAAAGUUUCGGAGCGAGCGAAUCCUGGACGAGUUCGACACACAAGUCAUAAACAACGAGACGAAAAAUCCCACACGGGACAAAAAAGCAGGUCAAUUUCUCGACAUCGUGCGAGAACGAGGUCACGUGGCCUACAAACUGCUCCUAGAAUGCAUGGAAGCCGAUCACCCGGAUCUAUACAUGAACAUCACCGGUAUUAACCCGGAACCAAAAUCAUGGACGAUUGGCCUCAGCAAGACUUGCUCUUGUGAAUGCCACGACGAUCGGAUCUCGCUGGAUCUGAUGGAGGCUUACAAGAAGGAGAAACAGCAGAACAUCUCCCUGAGGAGAGAGCUUGAGAAAUUCACCAAGACCUAUGACAAGGGACUCGAGGAGAAACUCAAGCUGAAGCACGUGAAUGAAACCAUGAAAAAGCAACUCGACGUGCUACAGUCAGAAACAGGAGAAGUACAAAAGUUAAAGGACGAAAUCCAGUGGAAGCGAUUUCAGAUAUGUGAUCUUCAGGCGAAAGCUUACGAGGCCCAGACGCAGUUGAUUUCGUCCAACGAUAAACUCAGAAAGGUGAACCUGGAAAACAAUGCCUUAGAGAACAAGGUCCGGGAGGCCCAGGCCAGGCUGACUCUCCAACGCAAGAAAUCAACACGGUUAGAGCAGGAGAGAUCGACGGACAGGAUGCAAGCCAGCGAAACCCUGAGGUCACUCGUCGACCAACUCCAUGAACUAGGUCUGGACCGAGCCAAAAAGAUGGAGGACAAACCACCAGUGAACAACGAUGUACACGAUCAGACCAAACUGGAUAUAAUGGUAGCUGAUAAGGAAGAGGCCGUGACCAAGUGCGAAGAGACUGUCAAUGAGCUAGUCAAAGUACGUAAACAACUCUACGAGGUCCAAGAGGCGAAAACGAAGUUAGAGGCCGAGAAUGAAGAGUUAGACACAGCUGACACCUUGCUGAGGGAUGAACGUGAUACGGUGAUGGAGCGUCUAGAAAUGGCGCAAGAGGAAUUGACGCAAGUCAGUGCAGAGCGAUCACAGGCCAUCUCCGAGAGGAACAGGUCUUUCGAAGAGACAGCUAGGUCCAUGCUCGAACGUGAUGAGCUGGUAAAAAAACUCAACAACGAGAGGCAAGCGUUUCUCAAGCAAACACGCCAGCUCUUUGAACACAAAAGUAAAGUUCAGCAGCUUAAACGAGAUAAAAGGUUACUCCGCCAAGACGGUCAUCAAUCCUUAACUUUAUCAGUGAGCAUUGAUGGCUCAAAUGACUCCAAGAGAAGUUCUGGUGCCAAUGAAGUCAGUUAUCUCGAGGGCGGAAACGCAGGCGCACCGUCAACCGAUACCGCCAAACCAACGACGGUGGCGGACGGAUCGCCAUCAACACAACUCCACACUAAACGUUCCAUCAGCCAGAUCAAUCAAUCCGGCUUCGAUGCCGACGACGACGAUGAUUUUGUCGAUUACGAAUACCCAGUGGGGUGGCGCAAACGUUCUCAGGUGGUGUCGCAUGGUGAAAUCCCGGCGGCUGUGCGGGAACGGAGGGCUAGCAACGCGUCGAAAUCCGACAACCCAGGGGAACUAACCAGUCGACCUGACAGAAACGAGGAUCGUGACUCCGGCAAUGUAUCCGGCAUCGACCAGGCCAAUGAAAGCUCCGAUAGGAUCUUGGACUCACUCCCGUGUGAUGUUGAUGAAAAAAUUGGCACGCUGUGGUCCGACUUUGAUUAUUCCGCAUCAUCCGGGUCGAGAGAUUCGAAACCAGAGGAGAGACGGCCGGAGGAGAGACCAAUCUUGAGACCUAGUUUGUCUAGUGGUAUGUCUACUGAAGUUAAUGUGGGAUCUCUGAAGGACAAAAAACGUCGUCCAGGACCUCGUCUUAGCAGUUGUGAUGUUCCACCAUCGAACUACAUGGUCGAUGUCAAACUUAAUAGACGGAGUAAAACACUGGGCAGUUAUCCGGAUGACCCCCUCCAAUCCACUCCGGAACACUGAUGAGGACGGUAAACUCGAAACGCAAAUCUCAGAUCACGUGGUCACAGGGUAUUGACCAAUCAGGGGCUACGAUCACCUCAUUAGUACCAAAUUAGACACUAUUCUAUCUAGUUAUAAAACCAGUUUACACUGGUGUAACUUAAGUCUGGGAGACACGCCCACAUCAAUUCACUAUUAACACUAUCGUGUUCACGCCAAGGCACCCAUAAUAUGUUUAUUUUGCAAACGAGUAUUAUUAAAUUUGUCUAACUUCUCUGUAUAAACGUUAUAAACGAUGUAAAUAUGUUCUUGUUUAUUCAGGGCCCCAUGGAAGACCACUACUUGUUGGUGAAUGGGCUACCCUGUCAAAAGAUUAGAAAUAAAGGGUCUAUGGCAUGGGGUCCCUUGGCGUGGCACUAAAGUACUGUGCAAAUUAUGGCUUUCGUUAUAGUUGUGAAUGUAUACAUUUAGGCAUCCUCUCAGCCGAUGUUUUUAUCUUAGAAUAGGAAGGUAUUUAUAUUUGAGGUAACUUUAUCAAAUCUGAAAGAUUUGAAAUAUAAUUAUCAAAUUAUGUUAUCAAAUAUAAAUGAAAAGUAUUGUUGUAUAAAUAUUCGAUAAAAUCAGGGUUAUUAUCUUUAGUAGAUAAGGUGAUAGGAAAUAGAUUUUUGACAGUCGACGAAUUAACAGAUACAAUUAUUUAGUAUGAUCGUGGUGGGUGGUUAUGCAUGUGAAUAUGCCAAAAUACGAAUCGUUAUACAACAAAGAUGGAGGCAAAUUAUAUAAUAUGGUAAACAAGUUUGAUAAUUUUAAUGAUUACCAACGUAAAUCAAUGAUAUAUUCUAAUUUGAACUUGAAUAGUUUUGGGUUAUCAAUACAUUGUAUUACUGUGAAACAAAUCUGUACGGAACUCAUGAAAUUAAUUCAAAAAUCAUCUAAGGCGGUAGAUUUCUGGUCCUCUGUAGUUAUUUAAAUUGAAAUAUGUUCGUGAUAACUACUUGAUUCAAUUCACUUUAAAUUUAUGUAUAAUACUUUACCAACACCUGUUAAUUUAUUCAAAUGGGAACAUAAAGAAACGACUUGUGUUGUUAUCAUAACAAAACUGGUACCACAUUUUUUUUUAAUGCGAAAAUAUUUAUCCAUUAUGGAAUUUUAUUGAAAUAUUAUUAUGUAUCUCCUUUUGUAGAAAUGGUAAAUUCUCACUCAUUUAUGUUGUAUAUAGUUUUCAUGACGGAAAGGAAAAUGUUACAAAUAUUAAUUUACUACUUCAUUAUGCUUUAUUUGAAAUAUAUAAAGCAACUGUUGUAAAUAAAUUUAAUAAAACAUGUAGCAACAAAAAUGAUAGGGACAUUUUCUUGUUUAUGUUAAAUACAGACUAGAAGUUGAAGAAGAUAAAACUAAGAAAAUAGAUGCGAUUACUACUAAUCAGAUGAAGAUAAUUAAUGAUUACUUAUGUUGUAUAUAGUUUUCAUGACGGAAAGGAAAAUGUUACAAAUAUUAAUUUACUACUUCAUUAUGCUUUAUUUGAAAUAUAUAAAGCAACUGUUGUAAAUAAAUUUAAUAAAACAUGUAGCAACGAAAAUGAUAGGGACAUUUUCUUGUUUAUGUUAAAUACAGACUAGAAGUUGAAGAAGAUAAAACUAAGAAAAUAGAUGCGAUUACUACUAAUCAGAUGAAGAUAAUUAAUGAUUUACAUGAAAUGCAUUUAUAAUCUGCUUUCAAGUAAAUACAGAUAUAUAAUUUGAUUCUAUUUAAACAUGUGAUGUUUGCUUGUUGUAAAUAAGUAUGUAUGAUGUCAUUGUAAAAAAACAUAUUGCCUUAGUUUGAAGAUAUAUAAAUUAAAGUUCCAUAGCGUUUUUAGAAAUUUCUUUUUUGUCUUCAAAAUUAUGGAAAAGAAAGUUAAGAGUUUGCACAAUCUUCGAUCAUUUGUUUUGCAUUGCAAUCAUUACUUGUAGGUGAAUUCUUACUAGCCUAAGUACUCCGUUCAAAUAAUAUGUCUGAGUUUACGUAUCACGAGUAAGAUAAACAGUAUGUUGAUUUUUCUGCCGGGAUAAUACAAGCAUCAUUAAUUCAAAGCUUGUGAAAAGAAAAAAUUGUUUACUUUUAUUUACUGAUUGGGUAAUAAAGGGUGUCCCCCAUAUCACUUUUUUCAAAUGGAUAAUCAAGUGUCCUCAUAAUGUGCUUGUAUGUAAAUAGUUUGAAGAAGUAAUGAAAUAUACUAUUUCAUGCACUUUUAUUAUGUAGCGGGUAAAGGUUUAAUGUAUAUCUAUAUUUUUAUAAGGUUUGAUGAUUUACUUGUCAAAUAAAAUGCUUAAGUCAAAGCUAUUUAGUAAUUUUGCGCACCUGCGAAUAUGCCAUUUUCGUAACGUACAGUAUUUGAAUUUCUAUAGGUCUGUCUCUCUCAGAAUGCCGAUUACAUACAUUUUGCGUUGUUAAGGCGGAUAAACAUUUGAGUUUGUCCAACCGAGCAACACGUUAUAUAUAUAUGUAAUCUGUAUUCUGAAUAUUGUAAUACAGAAAUUGUAACAGUUGAAUGUAAUAGUUCUUGUCUAGGCAUUCGACAAAACGGGUAUGCAUUAAAGUUGGACGAAUUACGAGAACUACCUAUGGAAACGAAAGCCAAAUUGCUGUGGUUCUGAUAAAGGAUCCAUACGACGAUCAAGGAGAGGAUGGGAUAAGCCUUUAAACUAUUUUUUAUAUGACUCUUUAUCAUCGGAUCAGUACAUAGUUUUGUAUAUGAGAAACAUUUAAUACAUGAAUCAUUAAACAAUAUAUUUGUAUCAUGGAAAUUGCAUGUAUAUUGUUUCAGGAAAUAGAAUAUCAUGAGCACUUUUGCGGAAGUUAUUAUCAUUCUAUUUUCAUAUUACCUUAGCUGUUACUGAUCAAAUUCCCAGUACUAGUGCUACAUGUGUGUGUGCGCGCGCGCGUGUGUGGGUGUGUGUAUGUGGGUGAGUUUGUGUGUGUAUAAAUAUAUAUCUAUCGCUGCAUUGAUCCCCAUCUUCUGAGAAAAGUGAUAAAUUACAUGUUCUGUUUUCUCUCUUUUACAUUUUUAGUCCACGUUUAAUCGAAAAUGAAUAAAGUAUAGUAAUAAUAAACUGUA